AUGGUGAGAACAAGGACCGAAGAUCAGGAAGAUGCUACCUCGACACGGUUGGACCGGAUGGAAAUGAUGAUUAUGGAAAUGGCGGAGACUCUACGGCAACAACAACAGCAACAACAACCACUGCCACCACCAGCACCAGUACCCCCACCUGUAAUGCAUGAUUUUCGUGUUGAGGACCGAACCAUUACACUUACAAAGGAGUUUAAAAUGAUGAAACCACCAUCGUUUAAAGGACGAAUCGAACCAAUGAAGGUUGAGGCAUGGGUGCUAGGGAUAGAAAAAUUAUUCGAAGUCUUUCCUUGUACUGAAGUUCAAAAGGUGCAACUUGUUGCUUUCACUCUUGAAGACGAGGCGUGGAGAUGGUGGACGCUUAGAAGGACAGUGCACCGGGGGUUGACAUGGGAUAGAUUCUUGGAGUUGUUUUAUGACAAAUAUUUUCCCCAAAAACUAGCCCGGUUCACACCUCAUAUGGUGGAUACCGAUUAUAAGAAAGCGCAGAAAUUCGAAGGGGGAUUGCGGGGUGCUAUUCUGGACCGAGUUAAUGUGUUGAAGCUGCCUACUUAUGUUGAUGUGUUGGAGAGGGCUAUUAUAGCAGAGGGGAAUCUUGCUGCUCAGAAUCAGAUUUCUGAGUGGAAAGGGAAAAAGCAGAAUAAUCAAUUAUCAAGGGGGUCAACUGCUCCACCAAACAAGAAGCAAAAUUUAGGGACCUCCAGCACUACCACUUCCACUCAAGGAGAUGUACAGAAUGCAGCGACAGUUGUGACAGGUACUUUUAUUGUUCAUGGUCAUUCUGCUCAUGUAUUGUUUGACUCUAGCUCUACCCAUUCCUUUGUGUCAAAACUAUUUGCACAACACUUGGAUAGAUCUGAAGCGGUAUUAUCCUAUGUGCUGUGUGUAUCCUCACCCUUGGGGGAUUCUAUGAUCGGUACUUCUGUAUAUUUUGCUUGUGAACUCCUAAUUGGGGAUGUUCGGGUAUAUGCCAAUCUGUUACCUCUUGAUAUGACUUAUUUUGAUAUUAUUCUGGGAAUGGAUUGGCUGAGCGAGUAUGGUACAACUAAUGAUUGUGUGGCUAAACAAAUGAGUUUUCACCCUCCGGGACAAUCAGAAUCUAUUUUUCAGGGACAGGAAUUGACUUCUCCACCCUACUUGAUUUCAACAGCAAAGGCUCGUAAAUUGAUUCAGAGGGGAUGUCAGGGGUACUUAUGCAGUGUUUUGGAAGAGCCAAUAAUGAAGGAGAGUAUUGACAUGAUUCCAUUCGUUCGUGAAUUUCUGGAUGUUUUUCCAGAAGAAUUACCGGGGGAGUUAGUGGACCGUGAAAUUGAAUUUAUAAUUGAAGUAGCGCCGGGAACUCAACCCAUUUCUAUGACUCCGUACAGAAUGGCACCAGUUGAAAUGAAGGAAUUAAAGGUUCAGUUGCAAGAUUUACUUGAUAAGGGGUUCAUUCGCCCAAGUGUUUCUCCGUGGGGUGCACCAGUUCUGUUUGUGAAAAAGAAAGAUGGAACACUCCGAUUAUGUAUAGACUACCGGAAGCUUAAUAAAGUAACAAUCAAGAAUAAGUACCCAUUACCGUAG